GGCUCACACACAGACAUGGCGGCGGUGGAGGAGCUGCUGCUGGUGCUCGGCCUGCUGGCCGGCGUGCGCGGCGAGGUGAGGGCCCGCGACCCCGGCGUCGACCACGAGGAGCUGGGAGGAGGGGCCGGGGCGGCGAGGGGCCUCGGGAUGGCACUGAACCUGCCGGGGCAAGUGGGCGUGACGCCGCCACCGCCAGGAAAGGGAGGGAACUACCCCGCCCGCAUCAGGAACAUGUGUGCGUUCGUCCACAGGCAGGAGGUCAACGUGGUGGUGAGCUGCGGGACGGAGAAGUUCACCAUCAAGCCCCAGAGCCCCUGUCCCGAAGGGGCGCCCAACUGCCCGCUGGUCAUGUACAUGCUGUCCAUGCGGCCGGUCUACAGGUUGAAGAAGCAGAUCGUCACGUCUCUGCGGUGGCGAUGCUGCCCGGGAGAAACCUGCGAGGACUCACCGCACCGUUACCAUGUCUCUGACGCUGCAAACGCCGCUCUGAUGGGAGGACCAGGAGGUGUUGAGCUCCACCCCCCAGGUAUUCAGGUGCAGCAGCAGCGACGUGACCUCUAUCAGCCGCAGAACGACCAACAGGCCGCCGCUGCACAGCCCGACGCCGCGCAGCCUGAUGCCAUUCAGCCUGACGCCAUGCAGCCUGACGCCACGCAGCCUGACGCCGUGCACCACCACGCCGCGCAGCAACAUGCCGUGCAGCCCGACGACGCGCACCACCACACCGCGCACCACCACGCCACGCAGCCCGACGCCGCGCAGCACCACGCCGCGCACCACCACGCCACCACACCCUCGCCGGGUCCCAGCCAUCAGGGUCCACAGGUGGACGCCGGCCCGCUGCCGUUCCCGGACGCCCCCGCUGCCCUGCCGCUGCCCGUCAUGAUGGAGCUGGUCAUGUCCCAGCUGCAGCCCGUCCUGCAGGGCGUCAACCGCAGCCUGGAGCAGCUGAGCCGGCGGGUCGGGGAGCUGGCGGCCGACGUGGCCCAGCUGAAGAGCGGCCGGCCCGGCCCGGAGGCCCUGGGAGGCCCGGAGCUCACGGAGGAAGAGGAGGAGGAGUCCAGCUUCGACGCCAAGCUGGACGAGACGUUUCAGCACAUCGAGGAGGUGCGCAGGCAGCUGGAGAGCCACCGCGCCGACAUGGAGGACAGGCUGCACUCCCAGCAUGCCAUGCUGCACUACAACCUCACCAGCUUUAAGACGGAUGUGGACAUGAAGCUGAAACGCAGCCAGAAGAUGCUGCAGGUCAGCCUCCAGGCCAUGAACACCACGCUGGCAGAGAUGAGGCUGGACCAGGAUCAGAUGUAUGAGGAUUUGCAGAAUAUGCUGGCAGAAGGUCGUCCCUCAGUUCCAGUAACCCCCCCUCCUCGCCUGCCAGUCCUCCAGGCCUCGCCGCCCCCGCCCCAGCUGCAGCCGCCCCCUCAGCCCCGGGACACCUCGGCGCUCUGGGAGGCCAUCGAACGCCUGGACAACAAGGUGGUCAACAACACGGUGAAGGUGAACAGCCUGGUGGAGGACAUGGAGGAGACCUCAGGUGACAUCCGGGAGCUGAGGAGGGAGUGCAAGGACCUGGAGGAGAAGAUCGCCCAGACGGGUCGCAACAGCCAGAUCCAGUUCAUGGAGACGGGUCUGGAGGUGGAGGCGGCCAAGGUGGCGGUUCUGACCCGGGUUGGCGAGCUGGCGGGGAACCUCAGCCAGCAGAGCACCCUGCUGCAGGACGUGGAGGUCGACGUGGACUACCUGUUCACGGCCUUCUACAAGAACGCCAACUCGUCCGGAGACUGCGACUGCAAGAUGCUGAAGGCCACCAUCGCACGGCUGGAGCAAAGUGUGGCAAACGUGACGGAGCUGGCCAAUGAGAACCGCUUAACCUUGGACGGAUACAGCGAGGUCGGAGCAGGCCAGUGGGGCGAGGCCAGCGACUGGGAGCCGGCGGUGGAGACGCUCCAACACGGCCUCCAGCAGGUGAAGGAGUCGCUGGCCUUCGAGCAAGGCAGGACCAGGACUCUGCACCACAACCUGACCUGGCUGAGCAGCUCGUUGGCGGGCAACAUGGCGGACGUGGCCCGCCUGCAGGAGGUCGACCAGGGGCUGGAGGAGGAGAUGCGCCACCUGGCCAGCUCCUUCGCUGCGCUCCUGAAGGACGCCAUCCGCCACAAUGACAUCCUGGAGAUGUUGCUAGGGGAGGAGGUGCUGGAGUUCAUGGAGUGGCCGGUUCAGGACCAGGAGGCUCACUCCAUCCCAGUACUGAAGGAGCGGAUGCAACACAUGCAGGAGGAGCUGAGUGAACACAAGCUCAGCAUCACCUCCCUGCUGGGCAAUAGGCCAGGAGGCAGAGUGGAGUCACCUGCUGCCGACCAGCCCUCCUCCUCCUCCCACCUUGACCCAGCCCCUGGCAGCAUGAAGAGGAGGAGCGGCGGUCCAACCAGGGAACGCCAGAUCCUGCACCCUGAAGGGCGGCGUCUGGACUAUGUAGCAGAUGGAGGAGAUCUGUGGAACCUGGGGAAAACCGUGGAGGCGCUGGGGGUGAAGGUGCAGCGGCUGGAGGAGAGGCCCUGCCCGGCCAGCUGCAACAACAGCCACAACAACAAGGAGGCGCUCUCAGAUGACGUGAAGGCCAAACUGCAGGCGGAGGUGCUGUGGUUGAAGAGGGGGCUGGAGGAGCACCUCAGGGUGUUUAAGAACGUCUUCAGUAACGCUGAGGUACUGGCGGGGUCGGACGCCACGCUGGAUCUGGACAAACUGUGGAACCUGGUGAAGAACAAAGACGGGAAGAGAGAGAAGAGGAAAGGUGUGGAGAUGAAUAGAGGAGGGAGGGAGGGAUCCAGCGGGAGAGGAAGCCAUCGGAGCAGGAGGGAGACACACGGUUACGUUCCUGCCUUGAGAGAACUCAUGGAGAACCCUCUCCUGUUCCUGGCUGGUUCACCGCUUAACGCCCAAAAUGGGGGUUCCAUUACGUUUGAAGCGUCUGUGAACCGCGGGCAGGUUUACUCUGACACCGGCACAUUCACCGCUCCAGUAGACGGGAUGUACCUGUUCGUCCUCACCUUGGACCUCAGGCCGGGCCCCGCCCACGUCGGCUUGAGGAGGAAGUCGGGCGGCGCUCUCGCCUCGCUCCACAGGGAGGAGGUGACGGGGGCAGGGCCUGUCACCCGCCUGGGCCUCCUGCCGCUGAGGGAGGGCGAGGUGGUCCACCUGGAACUGAGAGAAGGAGUGCUGGUGGAUUCACGGGACAAUGUCUUCGCCGGCCUCCUGCUCCACCGGGCCACCUGAGGGCGCUGUGGGACAUUUAGCUGACUGCCUGUGGAGAGACUGCUAGUAAACUCUGGGAGGGAGGCGGGAGGGAGGCUCAUUGUUGAAGCUACAGGGAGUCAAGAAUUUGGGGUGCAAUACAUGCACUGAAAAUUUAUCACUUUCUAUUUUCCAUUUGUUGGAGGCUUUCAGUUUAAAGCACCUUACAGAGUAGAAUAAAAACUCCUUAGUGCCUUGCUCAGCUUUUCUGUAUUGAUGACAUGGUGGACUGCAGAUUCAGAGUUUUGGUUCUACAAACUUUUCUUGGAGGCAGAGCUGCUCUGGAAGCAAAAAUGAUGUCAGUGGUUGAGUUAAACCGCACUGGCUAGAAUAAAAGUUUUUCACGCUGACAUUUGAGCAGGGAUCAGCAACCUCAGGCACGAGGGAUGGGGUGAAGAUCCAUUCACUUAAGUAUCUCAAUUCUUUUUAUUUAAACAAUUUUUAAAUUUUUCUAAAUUACUGGAUCAAUUCAAAGUAUAGAUACUGGCAUCAUAUGAAACUGUUGGUAAGGAACCUGUUGGUACCAGGUAUGUCGUGCUGGGUUGUUGGCCAGGGGACUAAAAACGUCCACAAAGUUAGUUUAGGAAAAGUCCCCUGGUGUGUCCCCAGCUCUAGUCCAGCUGAACAAGGCUAACUAGUUGAGCUGGGCAAAUGUAAGCUCAAAGUAGCCAUGUUAGCCUGCAGUUAUCUCAGAAAACAAGUUCACUAAGCAGCUGACCUCCCACCAUCAAGAAUAAAUGCAUUAAUAAAAUGUUACAGCACUGGCAUUUGUAUAGCUUAUGACUAGAUUCCUCACUUUGUCCUGAAAGUUUGUGAACUUCUGCUCUGAUUCGGUUUUGUUGCUGUGCUCAGUGAGGUUUAACUCAUCCAGUGAGAUUAUUUCUGCCUCUGAGAAAUGUUUUAGAGCCGUGGGUUUUCAACCAGCGGUGAACCGGGGAGCACCAUCCCAGCAGCAGCUCGCUCCAAAUCCAGCUUCACCCACCAGACUAUAACUCACUUUAACUUGCUUUUACUUUUCACUGAAGCCUGCUAAAAGGUCUUGUCAUUGGCACUAUCAGUAAAAUAUGUUUAGUUGGUGGACGUUAACGGGCGCUGUAAUCAACACCAAGACAAGUCACCUCGACUUCUCUAAGCUUUACAGCUGAAUGAAUUAGAUUUUUCUAUAAACAAGAGAUAAUAAAUGGAAAUGUGUUAACAAACAUUUUCAAACUCCAUUAUUGUGUACACGGUGUCAGAGACCAAAUGCAGUACCUUCACGCACCAGCAGGGGGCUGUGGGCCACUGGUUGAAAACCCUGUUUCAGAGGUAAAACUCAAACCUGCUGGAAGUUGAUGAGGAGCAAAAAUGAUUACUGCUGACCAUGCAGCUCCUCUGUUCUUCUGCACACUGGUCCACUGAGCCACACUGGGAACUGAACCCCAAACCCUUUGCCUUGUUAGUGCCUUGCUUUACCCGCUGAGCUGCACCAAACCUCUCUGUACCACACCUCGAAGCUGUCUCAUUACCUGUAAUAUUAACAAACUGCAAAGCUGAGGCAACCUUACUUCCAUUUUAAGGAGGAGGAAGAGGAGGAGCUAAUCUAGAUUAAAGGAAGUUAAACUGGUCUUCAGAUUACUGUAUAUAUCUCAAACUCACCAAGAAAAUAGCUUUGUCAGCGCAGGUGGUGACAUGGUUAUGUAAAAACACUGUAUGUCAGGGAACUGUUGGUAAAGAAAUGAUCUGAUCAAAAGCGUUUAAAGGAUGUUUUUACUUCUGCAAAUAUUCCAUCUUUUAAAUGCAGCAUUAAAGCUUUAGAGCCACCUGACCAUGAAAACAGCUUUAUCUGCAAAGUGCCAUUAUAUUUAUGUCAAAACAUAAAACUUAUUUUGUCCAAGAUCUGUUGAUGAGUGUUUUAAAGUAGGUUUUACCUGUUUUUUUUUUUUUUUUUUUUUUUUUUUUUUUUUUUUUAAUGAAAGAAACAUGAUCUUUUACAGGUUAGGGUUAGGUGGAAGGUGGAAGAUCAACAUUUAAAUUUGCCAGACUGUAAUUGAGUAUAGUGUUUGUUAUAUCUAUGAAAAUGUCUAUAUGAUUAUGUAAAAACACCAUGGAACACUUUAUGUUGAAGAACUUUUGUCAAAAAUGUUGCUAAAAGUUAUAAAGGAAGCUUUAUAUUAGAUUGUUUAUAUGGGGGAGGGGAACAUUUGUAUGUAAAGUCAUAAAUAAAAAUAAAAAUAAAAUAACUCACUCUCAAAAAAAAAAAAAAACAGUAUUCAUGCAAAGGAUGUACUGAAUCAUUUUGGGACAGGACACGGUCUGGGUUCAGAAAGCUUUU